AUGUCGCCACCCACACCAACCGAGCCAAGUUCACCCGUUGCAAUGCCAGUUAGGCCUCCAAUUUCACCUGAUUGUUUAAUGCUUUCUUUUGGAAAUAAUAAUAUUAAUAUUAAUCAUAAUAAUAAUAUUAAUAAUAAUAAUAACAACAACAACAACAACAAUAAUAAUAAUAAUAAUAUCAUUAAUAAUAAUAAUAACAACAAAAAUAAUUUUAAUAAUAUUAUCAAUUUUGAAGAUUCCAAUUCAUUUUGUCGAAAUAAUAAUAAUAAUGUAAUUCUUGGUAAUGGAAAUAACAUGGUUAUUGGUCAUACUCAUAAUAUCUCUUCAUCAAUAUUGGGAGGUGCUGGAGGUGAUGGUUUUUUGGGUUCAUCAUCUUCAGUUUUGACAACACCGAUUUUAAAUGGAAAUAUUAUUGCCAAACCCAAUAAUGGAAACAGCAACAGCAGUUAUUUAUCCAAUAGUUCCUCUUCUCACAACACAUUCUAUGAACCAGAUAUCAUUUUAUCAUCCUCUCCAUCUCCACCACCAUUGUCAAUGAUGAUUCAACAAGACAUGGGACUCAUCAAUCUACAAGACAGCAAUGGUAGCUUGAACAGCAGUACCAGCAGUCUCAGCAAUCUCAACUCUAGCACUAGUGGCAUGGGAAUCGGUAUUAGCAAGAGUAGCAGUAGUGGAAGUUUGAUGGAAGGUGCCGAAGAUGUUCUUGGUAGUCUGAUCAAUAGUUCAAACAACAUUGGAAACUAUCAAAACAAAAAACAUUCUAUCGAUCAUUACAUUAUUUAUCAUGAAAAGAAUGAAUUGAAAACUCCAACUAAAAAGAGAUUUUUAUUUAUUGGUAAUAUUCCAACAGCAGAAACUUGUGAAACAUUUACAGAAAGAAUCAAACAUUUUAAUCCAAUUAGUUUCAAACUUCGAUUAAAUCCAAACGGACAAACCCAAUCAUAUGGAUUUGCUGGUUUUCAAAAUGAAAAGGAUGCUAUGCAAUGUAAAAUGAAUUUACAAAAUAUGAGAAUUGGAAAUUUUGAAUUAAAAGUUUAUUGGGCUAUUCCCAUUUCCACUCUUUAUGUCAAGAAUCUUGAUCCAAAUCUACCACAAGAUAGAGUACUAAGGGAAUUCUCUCAUUUUGGUGAAUUGGAAUACAAAGAAUGUGUAUUUAUAAACAACUAUGCAUUCAUCAAGUUCCAAAGCAGAAACGAUGCCGAACAAGCCCUCUCCCAUCUAAACGCCAAAAAGUUGGGAGACAAGGAAUUAAAGAUUAAAUGGAGUGAUUCUUGUGACCAAAGAACAAGUAUUCAUAUUACUUUUGAUUCUAAACUUGCACCACAAGGAUUCCAUAAACAAGUGUUUCAAAAAUGUAGAGAAUUUGGAAAGAUUAAUCACUACAAUAUCCCAAGAAACAAUUCAACUGGUGCCUAUGAAGGAUUUGGAUUUGUCCAUUUUAAGGAUUCCCAAAAGGGAGAGUUUGCAUCGGAACUUGCUAUUCAAUUCUUUACCGAGAAUUUCAUUUGUGGUGUCAAGAUUUCCUGUUCCUUCUCCAAGAAAAAGGUUUCACCUGGAUCUACUUCUAAUACCGCUGGCGGUAACAACAACAACAACAAUACCUCACCGGUCAUGCUCAACGGUUCAAACGGUGGAUUGAAUGUUUCAUCAAACAAUUUAUCAUCUAGCAUGGGUUCCAUUCCUAAUCAAUCAAUCACAUCCUCUUUUAUUAAGAGUCCUAAUAUUGGUGGAAAUAAUAAUAAUAAUAAUGGUAAUAAUAACAAUAAGAAUGGUAAUAAUAAUAAUAACAAGUAUAACAAUAAUAAUAAUAACAAUAAUAAUAAAUAUUAUAAACAACAACAGCAGCAGCAGCAACAACAACAACAACAACAGCAACAACAAAUGCAACAACAGCAGCAACAACAACAACAACAACAACUUCAACACCAACAACAAAUAUUACAACAACAAUUAUUAUUACAACAAUACCAACAACAAAUGCAACAACAACAACAACCAUUGCCACCACUACCACCACUUCCACAACAACAACACAAUAAUAAUAUAUUGCUAACCAACUCUAAUGGUGGGAUGAGUAUUCCACCACCAAUUGGUAUGGUUCAAUCGCAAUUAUGGGCAACCAAUGACAUUAGUAAUAAUAAUAAUAAUUACUUUGGCAAUAAUCUCUCCCAAACUGGAUGGGAAUUUCCAGUUAAAUCAUCCUCACCUGCCAUCAAAUCCAACGUUGGUGGCUCUUCCAACAACAACAACAAUCCUAUUCGGUUGAAUUCCAUGGUACAUGGUCCUGGAUCCGACCCCCUCCAGUCGCUUCCAAAACAUCAACAUCACCAUUACCAACAACAACAACAACAACACCCUUCGCUCAACUCGUCGUCGUCGUCGUCAUCGGUUUUCAACACUGAUUAUUUCCCACCCACAAAUGGUCAGCAGAAGAUUCCAUCUCCUCCAUCAUCAUCAUCAUCAACAUCACAACCCAAGAGUAAUAAUAAUGCUUUCCAUCACCACCAUCAUCAACAACACCAUAAUGGUAAUAUGUUUCCACAAUCUUCACCACACAUGGAUGCUUUCAAGGGACAAUCACAGUUGCCACCACGUUUCAUCGUUGCCGCUCCAUUGCAGCAACAGUCAAUCCCCCCUCCACACUACCAACAACGCGGAUAUCAACAUCCUUUGGAUGCUGCCAAUGGCGUACAACAAUUGUCCAACAACAACAACAACAACAACAGUGCCAACAACACGCCCUCGCCAACACUCAAUAACAACGACUAUGCCUCUACACCCUCGUCUACCAACUCGUCCACUUCGUCAUCGCCAACCUUUAGUCUUGCAACUGGGUCCAAUUCAGGCGAUAUUUUCAUGAACGGAGUUAAUGCACUGUCUCCAUUAUUCAAUAAGAUGUCAAUCCAAUCGGGAGUCAAUGGACUUGGUGGAUUCAAUGUUAACUACCAACAACAGUUGAAUCCCCAACAACAACAAACAAAGUUGUCACCACCAACCAGAUCACUUUCUUCGAGUUGUUACUCAUUCCAGCCAAACCCAACCACAUCGUUACCAGGCAACAACAAAUACGCACUUUCAAGCAGCAGUAGUAGUAUCCCAACUUCCACAAACAACAUCGCCCAACCCAACGCCUGGAGGACUUUCCAAUAG